AGGGACCGAGGGAAGAUCCACAGACCACAUUCCACAGAGAAAGAGGUUGUGUCUGCAGGCUGGGCGACUGGAACCGUCAAGAUGGCUGCCAGUACAGUGAUGUGGCUGCUGUUUCUGAUGGUGUGUGGCAGUGAUGGCCUCUCUGUGCCAGACCAUCGCCACCACAGACACAGCGACAGGGACAUUGACCCCUGAACUCCUGGCUCAGAUCCUCAGCCAACAACGAAACGCACAGACUAUGAUUCCCACAGAAAGUAGAGACUGGCCAUCAAAGGAUGUCAAGCUGGGGGAGGUGUCAGGGGUGGAUGUCGCCCCGUCAGGUGAAGUCCUUGUCUUUCAUCGUGGAAACAGACCUUGGACUAAAGAAACUUUUGACGAAUACAACGUGAUGCCCGAGAACCAGAGAAUCAACAUCUCGGAUGCUGCUAUUGUGAGACUGAACGCAGCAACAGGGCAGCUCUCGUAGACAGCUUUGGAGCUAACAUGUUCUACGUGCCACACGGACUGACGGUGGACAAAGACGGGAAUAUCUGGCUAACGGACGUCGGAAGGCAUCAAGUACUGAGGAUUCCAAAAGGAAAACAAGAGCCGGACCUUGUACUUGGAGAAAUGUUUGUACCCGGAAGUGACGACAACCAUUUCUGUAAGCCGACGGAUGUUGCUGUUGCAGAGAAUGGCGACUUCUUUGUGUCCGACGGCUAUUGCAACAGCCGAAUCCUCAAAUUUUCCAAAGAGGGCAGCUCAUUGGCAAGUGGGGUGUGGAGCAGUCUACUCAAGCUGCCGGAUGGCAGGACUCGCCCUACAACCUUGAUGCCUCACAGCCUCGCUCUCGUCGAGGACCAAGACCUGAUCUGCGUAGCUGACCGCGAGGACCAGAGAGCUUUGUGUUACUACGCUGGACUACGCGACCCAACGCUGGUUGGGCAGUUCGCCCUUGACCUUGUUCCCGAGGGUGAAGUAGGCCAAGUGUACGGACUAGCUUAUGAUAAAACAGAUGACGUCAUGUACGUGGCGGCGCUGCUGGCCGAGAAGCCGGUGGAAGUAGACGGCAACAGCUUCAGUCCCGCGCGCGUCUUCACCUAUGACCUGCAGGGCAACUACCUGUCCGGCUGGGGCUUCAUAACAGAGGACGAAGCGCUACGCGGUCCCAGCAUCCCUCACGACAUUGCAGUGUCACCUAGCGGGAGAGAGAUCUACAUCGCAGACCUUCUGCAGCACACGGUGCGCAAGUUCGUCAAGGACCUCCCUGAUACUCCUCCCAGCGAUGGAAGGCCGAGUGAGGACAAUGGAGCAUCAGCCAGAUGGAACUCCUCCCCAUCCAGUCCAGAAACUCUCUAAACGAGGAAAGCCAAGAAGCUUUAUCCGAUCACGUGCACAUUAACCACUCAGAACACACGCAGAUUAGAUGAGCACUAGUAUGGUGGUUCAGCAAAUAUCUUUACUUGUUGUGAUACUUUGAGUGUAUAUACAAAUAAUUUAUUGGUAGAGAUUUCAUUUUUUAAAAAUUCGGUUUUAGGUAGUAGACACUUUUAGGGCUAAUUCUCUAACCAUUGGAGAAAUUGUAUUAAACAUCGAAAUUAUGUUAAAGAAAUUGUUCUGACGCCAAGAAUGAAAAUGUUUCAGCCAAUGGCUUUUUAAUGUUCACGGAAUUGGUAAUUCAUGGUAAUGAAAAUGAGCGUUUAUUUUUAAGGCCAAUGGUUAGGACAUAGAGGUAGACAAACUGUGGAAUUUCGGCGACAGGGCAGAAUACGAAAAAAGCAGGAAACAUAAGCUAUUCCUUUUGUAAAUUUGUAAAAAAUUAGAAAAUGAAUUAGACUUUAAUUAUAUGAUCAUUACAAACUGUAGUUAAUUUUGAAUACAUUUUAAAUCGUCUAGUUACCAACCGCGUAUCGUCAGUGCGAUGAAAUGUCUUUCAAAACUGUUAUUUAAAAUGUUAGGUGUUGAGUUUCAUUGUUGACACCAAUAUUUAGUAGAAGCGAAUAAACUAUUAGUAAAUGA